GACACCACGGAGCAGUUCUCGGGAAGAACACCUGAAAUCCGCGAAAUUCAGUGCACUUCCGCUUCCCUGAUCGGCCCCGCUGUCCCGACCCCGUGUCCUGUUCGACUUCCGGCUCCAUCACGCCAGAAUGUCGGCCGCUGCCUGUACGGCCGUGCUGAAGCGCGAGUUUCCCUCGAUCGACGGUGAGCUGCUCUCGUACGUGGAAACCGUUUUGCAGAGCAGCGCGGACGAGUUCGAGAACGGCGAGGAAGUGUACGAAGCGGUCGGUGCUAUCCUGCACGAGGUAUCGCAGGACAAAUCGGAAGACGACGUGCGCCAGAUCUGCGACAGCUUCCUCCGACUGCUGAAACCGGGUCGCGGUGGUGGCGGCGCAGGUGAUGACGAGGAUGAUGACGGUGGUGGGUAUGGUGGUCGACAGAAGAAGAUCCUUUCCGCCCCGGUCCAUCUCGGGGCGAUGGCGGCCACCCAGGAGUCGACCGGUGAGGACGUGCAGAGCAUCUGGGUGAUCCAGCGGGACGACAGCCUGAAGGUCGACAGCCGUAAGCUGGAGAAAGCGGAAGCGAAACGCCAGCAGAAGCUCGAGAAACGGCAGGAGGUGAAAGCGGCAGCGGCCGCUGCCACCGCCGGCAGUACGCCUACGCUGCAGACGGCGACGGCAUCGCAGGUGAUCAGCAAAAAGGACAACAAGAUGGAAUCGAAGGGCCUGAACCGGUCGAUGGAUGUGCGUAUCGAGAACUUUGAUGUUUCCUUCGGUGAUAAAACGUUACUGCAGAAUGCCGAUCUGCUGCUGGCCACCGGUCGACGGUACGGUUUCGUCGGACGGAACGGACUCGGUAAGACGACGCUACUGAAGAUGAUUUCCGGGAAGCAGCUGCAGAUACCGAGCCACAUCACGGUGCUGCACGUGGAGCAGGAAGUGGUAGGGGACGAUACGACCGCGCUCGACAGUGUGCUCGAGGUGGACACGGUGCGGACGGAGCUGCUGGAGCGUGAACGGGAACUGAAUCGUUUGAUUGCGGCCGGUUCCGCCGAUGCUAACCACAGUACCGAGCUGUCCGAGGUGUAUAAUCACCUGCUGAUGAUCGAAGCCGACAAAGCACCGGCCCGUGCCUCCAUCAUCCUGAAUGGGUUGGGUUUCACGAAGGAAAUGCAGGCCCGAGCGACGCGUACCUUCUCCGGUGGUUGGCGAAUGCGACUGGCGUUGGCACGGGCCCUCUUCUCCAAGCCGGACCUGCUGCUGCUCGAUGAACCGACGAACAUGUUGGACAUUAAGGCCAUCAUCUGGCUGGAGAACUAUCUGCAAAACUGGCCUACGACACUGCUGGUCGUAUCGCACGACCGUAACUUCCUCGAUACAGUGCCGACCGACAUCCUGUACCUGCACUCGCUACGCAUCGAAACGUUCAAGGGUAACUACGAGCAGUUUGACAAGACGCGCACCGAGCGCCACAAAGCGCAGCGACGCGAGUACGAGGCUCAGCUUGCGCACCGGAACCACGUGCAGGAGUUCAUUGAUCGCUUCCGGUAUAAUGCGAACCGUGCGGCGAGUGUACAAUCGAAGAUCAAGAUGCUGGAGAAGCUACCGGAACUGAAACCUGUCGAGAAGGAGAUCGAGGUGACGCUCAAGUUCCCCGAGGUGGAACCGCUUAAUCCACCGGUGCUCACGCUCACCGAUGUCCAGUUCCGAUACAGCGACGGUAAGGUGAUCUUCACGACCGUUAACCUGAGUGCCAACCUCGAUUCACGGAUAUGCAUCGUCGGUGAGAACGGUGCCGGUAAGACGACGCUGCUGAAGAUCGUGGUCGGGCUGCUGGAACCCACCGGUGGACUGCUGCAUAUGCAUCGUGGCGUACGGCUUGGUUACUUCUCGCAGCACCACGUCGAUCAGCUUGACAUGAGCGUGAAUUGCGUCGAGUUGCUGCAGAAUGCGUAUCCGGGCAAACCGAUCGAGGAGUACCGUCGGGUGCUGGGCAGUUUCGGAGUUUCCGGUGAUCUUGCGCUGCAGGUCGUGGCGAGCCUUUCGGGAGGACAGAAAUCUCGCGUUGCGCUGGCCAAGAUGUGUAUGGGCCGACCGAACUUCCUGGUGCUCGAUGAACCGACCAAUCACCUCGAUAUCGAAACGAUCGAAGCCCUGGGCAAGGCAAUCAACAAGUACACGGGUGGCGUAAUUCUGGUUUCUCACGACGAGCGGCUCAUCCGUAUGAUCUGCAAGGAACUGUGGGUGUGUGGUGGUGGUACGGUCAAGAGUAUCGAAGGUGGAUUCGACGAGUACCGGAAGAUUGUGGAGCGUGAGCUGGAAGCAAUUGCUGGCUAAAAGCAAAGUGUCUCCUCGUUACAUAAGCGACCGAGCACUACUCGACGAAACGCUGCUCGUCGCGCGUUCCUAUCGGCAUCAGCGUAUUGCUGCCGUCACGCCUUGCUGUUUGUCGGAGUAUCAUCUGGCACCUAGCUUCCUCUGUUCCUUCUCUUCUUUCACUUUUGUAUUAUGUUACACGCGGGGAUGGUCUUGCGGUACA